AUGGGCUGCAUAAAAUCCAAGUUCCUCCGGAAUGGAGGCAAAGCCUCGAAAACUGAAACCGGCGCCAACCCACACAGCCCUCUACACGUGCCAGACCCCACGUCCGUGGGCAAGCCGGGGCCUAACAGCAAUGAUCCUCACCCUCCCGUGUCCUUCCCAGCAGGUUCCGAGGACAUCGUCGUGGUUGCCCUGUAUGACUACGAGGCCAUUCACCACGAGGACCUCAGCUUCCAGAAGGGGGACCAGAUGGUGGUCCUGGAGGAGGCAGGGGAGUGGUGGAAGGCACGGUCCCUGGCCACCCGGAAAGAGGGCUACAUCCCAAGCAACUAUGUCGCCCGCGUGGACUCUCUGGAAACAGAGGAGUGGUUCUUCAAGGGUAUCAGCCGCAAGGAUGCAGAGCGCCAGCUCCUGGCUCCCGGCAACGUGCUGGGCUCCUUCAUGAUCCGGGACAGCGAAACCACUAAAGGGAGCUACUCGUUGUCCGUGCGCGACUAUGACCCCCGGCAAGGAGAUACUGUGAAGCAUUACAAGAUCCGGACCCUGGACAGUGGGGGCUUCUACGUAUCCCCAAGAAGCACCUUCAGCACCCUGCAAGAGCUGGUGGCCCACUACAAGAAGGGUAGUGAUGGGCUCUGCCAGAAGCUAUCGGUGCCCUGCGUAUCGUCCAAGCCCCAGAAGCCUUGGGAGAAAGACGCCUGGGAGAUCCCCCGGGAAUCCCUCAAGCUGGAGAAGAGACUUGGAGCUGGGCAGUUUGGAGAAGUCUGGAUGGCCACCUACAACAAGCACACGAAGGUGGCGGUAAAGACAAUGAAGCCGGGGAGCAUGUCAGUGGAGGCCUUCCUGGCAGAGGCCAACCUAAUGAAAACCCUGCAGCAUGACAAGCUGGUGAAGCUGCAUGCGGUGGUCACGGAGGAGCCCAUCUACAUCAUCACGGAGUUCAUGGCCAAAGGAAGCCUGCUGGACUUCUUGAAGAGUGAGGAAGGCAGCAAGCAGACCCUGCCAAAGCUCAUUGACUUCUCAGCUCAGAUUGCAGAAGGCAUGGCCUUCAUUGAGCAGAGAAACUACAUUCACCGAGAUCUCCGAGCUGCCAACAUCUUGGUCUCUGCAUCCCUGGUGUGUAAGAUUGCUGACUUCGGCCUGGCACGUGUCAUCGAAGACAACGAGUACACGGCCCGGGAAGGGGCCAAGUUCCCCAUCAAGUGGACAGCUCCUGAAGCCAUCAACUUUGGCUCCUUCACUAUCAAGUCAGAUGUCUGGUCCUUUGGUAUCCUGCUGAUGGAGAUCGUCACCUAUGGCCGAAUUCCUUACCCAGGGAUGUCAAACCCCGAGGUGAUCCGGUCUCUGGAGCGUGGGUACAGGAUGCCUUGCCCAGAGCACUGCCCCGAGGAGCUCUAUAACAUCAUGAUGCGCUGCUGGAAGAACCGUCCGGAGGAGCGGCCCACCUUCGAGUAUAUCCAGAGUGUGCUGGAUGACUUCUACACGGCCACCGAGAGCCAGUACCAACAACAGCCAUGACGGGCGGGACCAGGGCAGGGCCAGGAGCCCAGGCACAGCUGUGAAGGGCUCCAGCACCGUCUGCAGGGCCUACUACCCUUCCCACUCCUGGACACCCAUCCUCACUCUAGCCAGCUCCUUGUCUGUCCAGGGGGUGGCUUGGGCUGGACAGUUUCUUUUUGACUCUAGCAAUCGCCAUUCUCAGGAGGCCUCAGGUUGAAAUUCUAUUACCUGGGGUGGUUGGAUUUCAGGUACAGCUGUGAUUUGGAUGGGGAAUUUUCAAAAUAGUGAAAUAAAUAUUUAAAUAAAAGAUAUAAAGGCCAAAGGCUUUACCAAAA